AUGCUAUGCCUUCAAGCUACAGGAGAGUUGGAGAAGCUAAAGUCAAGAAACCAGGAUAAGAUCAUUAAUGAUUAUAAGCAAAAGAUUGAAGGUGAAUUAAGAAAGCUGAGUAAGUACAAGGAAAAGGCCGAGACUUGCGGACUGGGCUACUAUGAUUCCUUCAAGCUCCAAGAAAAAGAAGAUGGCUUCCAGGCUAAUGUGAGCAGGCUUGUGCUAGCUGGUUACUGGGACGAGAUGAUGGAAAUGUUAAAAGCGUAUAAACUUCCGGAUGAAUUUGAGAAGAGCCAUGACUGUAUACGACUUGGAACAGAUUAUCGCCGCACGGUUGAGCCUCUAGAUAUUGCCAACUUUUAUCGACACGCCAAGGAUGAAGAGACAGGGUUCUACGUGAAAAAGGGGACUCGACCAAAACGAUAUCGAUACAUCCAAAAUUGGCUCGAGCAUGCUGAAAAGAAGCCAUCUGGAUCCCGCUCAGAAUCCUGUUUCUGGGCUGAGGUAGAGGACCUCCGCAUUAAAACUAGAAGCAACGGAUCCUCUCCAGAAAUUAAGCAGAAGGUUCUGCAACUGGGGCAAAAUCUAAUUAAAUGGAUUGAUGAUGAAUCUUUAGGCAAGGAUGUGUUGCUGGAGAAUUCCACCUUUGUUAAAUGGUGGAAACCCCUUCCUCCUGAGUAUAAAUCAGAACCCAAAUCAUCUCGCAUUAUGAAACUCAUCCAUGAGAAAGAUUGA